GUGACAUCUGGUUGUCAAAAAUAUUGUGUAGCCUUGUCUUCUACCGAAACCAAUACCGAACCACCACCCAAUUUGUUUGACGAAACGAAACUUUGGUCUUUUAUAACGUACUUUUGAUUAAGCAGAUACACGCAUCAGCACACUGCUUUGAAAUAAACUGCUUAGCGAUUUCGACGCAUGCCUCGGAGCUCCGGUAUCAAACAUAACUUCACUAUUAAUACGUUGUCGUAUUGUAACGUUAGCGCUUUGAAAACUGGAUCUAUUGGCAUCGGAGCUCAGGUUUCAAUCGUCCCAUCACUACAGAGACGUGGAGAAGUGAAGUACAGUGAACUAUGAAGCCGGGUCGAUGGAAAGGUCUCAGCUGGGUCCAAUUUUACUUUUCACUGCUCUGUGUCAUUCUGGACUUCCAGUUGGACGGUGUCUCGGGGGAUAACGUGGAGAUUGAGAAACACCGUGAGAUGGGCCGUAAACUGUUGGAAUCUGGUCAACUUGCUGGGGCCCUGUCCCACUACCACUCUGCAGUGGGAUCAAUUUCCUCCUGCAAUGAAAUGGUUCAUAUCAAGAUCCAACAUCUCUACCUGACCUACUAUGAGCGGGCAGCUGUGUUUCUGGCAAUGGGGAAGUCCAAGUCAGCCCUGUCGGACCUGACCAGAGCUAUCCGACUCAAACCAGAUGACCUCAUUGCCAGAAUGCAGAUGGGGAAUAUCUUCCUAAAGAUGGGCAACACCCAGAAGGCCCGGGAAAACUUUCAGGCUGUGCUGCAGCGCUCCCCUGACCAGGAUGAGUCGCGGCACCAGCUGAUGAGGGCCAACGAGCUGGAGGAGCUGCAGGAAAAGGCCCACGCGACCCACCACAGAAGAGACUACAGGACCACCAUCAAUGUGUUGGAUCGGGUUUUAGUGCUGUCCCCCUGGGACCCUGAGUCUCUGGAGCUCCGGGCUGAAUGCUACAUCCACCUGGGAAACACCAGGAAGGCCAUCCAGGAUCUGACCCCCACCGCCUGGCUGAGGAAUGACAACCGUGCUGCCUUCCUCAAGCUCAGUACCCUGCACUAUAGCCUGGGGGAGAACAAGGAGUCAAUAGGUCACGUCCGGGAGUGUCUGAAGCUGAACCAGGAUGACAAGAAGUGUUUGUCCCACUUCAAACAGGUGAAGAAGCUCAUCAAGCAGCUGGACUCUGCCGAGGAGCAUAUCAAGGAGGAGAGGUAUCAACUGGCCAUAUCCAACUAUGAGUCAGUGAUGAAGACAGAACCUAAUGUCCCCUACUACACCAAUAAGGCAAAAGAGAGGAUCUGCUUCUGCCUGGUCAAGGAAAAGAUGGCUGCUAAGGCAAUAGACAUCUGCUCUGAAGCCCACCAGAGAGAUCCACGCAACAUCAACAUCCUUCGAGACAGAGCUGAGGCCUUCAUCCUCAACCGGGACUACGGUGAAGCGGUGGAAGACUACGAGGAAGCGAUGGAGUUUGACAUGGAGAACAAUGAGAUCAGGGAUGGUUUAAAGCGAGCCCAGGAACUGCUCAAGUUCACCCCAAAGAAAGACUAUUAUAAGAUCCUAGGUGUCGAAAGGAGUGCCAACAAAGAGGAAAUAAUCCAUGCAUACAGGCAGCAGGCCAAAAAGUGGCAUCCUGACAAGUACAGAGUCGAUUGGGAGAAGAGGAAGGCAGGGAAAAGGUUCAUUGACAUCACCUCUGCAAAAAAGGUGCUCACCGACCCAGAAAUGCGUAAGAGGUUUGACUCGGAAGUUUGAUCCCUGGACCCACCUCUCUUCAGGACCUGGGGACUGUGAAGAGGCCUCUGAUUGCAUAUCUUCUGUUGUACUGAGUGUCCGACCUGUGUACCAACUGCUUGAACAGACAGUUUGGUACAUUUUAACGCAUCAACACCUCAACACAAAGACCAAUAGUUGCCAUACAGUCAAUCUCUCCUCAACUUUGAGCCUGGAGAGACUGACAUGCGUACCACUGACAUUUGCCCUCUGUGUACAUCGAAGUGCAAUACGUACCGCUCUGUUCUGGACCAACUGGAAUUUUUCACCCGAGUGGUCAAAGACACAAAGUCCUGUAUAGCUGUGCUGUUCAGUCCUCCCAUCUAGACCCAGGCUGUUCAUGCUGUCAUUACAUUCCUCAAACGACCCAUGUUGUUGUUCUUUAGGAUGUUGGUCUGCUACUUUUGCUUUGUGUUUGUGCCAUUUUCUUCCGCCUCAUUCUUCCUCGAAGGGCUUGUUUUGGUAGCAGCAUAGCAUGUUUUGUUUUUUGCUCUGCUAGAAGAGCCCGGGUGCUGGACUGUUUGUUUUUUGCUCUGCUAGAAGAGCCCGGGUGCUGGACUGUUUGUUUUUUGCUCUGCUAGAAGAGCCCGGGUGCUGGACUGUUUGUUUUUUGCUCUGCUAGAAGAGCCCGGGUGCUGGACUGUUUCUCCAUUUAUUUAAUAACGCUAGGCCAAGCUCAAGUCGCAUAAAAGCAGAUUCAGAAUGACACCCAAAAGCUAUUCAAACAUAUUAUAAUCAGAGAUGCUUUCAGAAUGUUUUAUACGAGAUGUUUGUUCUCUUCACCACACAAACAAUAUUAAGUGUCUGUUCUGUUUGUUAUAUUUCUAUCUGCAAAGCUUUCAACGUUCUCCACUGAAUAUACCCUUGAAUCUACUUAAUUGACACAACAGGUGUUGUGAAAUAUUUAGUGACUUAAUCCUUCCUGGUUGUGUAUCCAAUCACCAUGGAGAAUGAUAGAUGCCUCUAGUUGCCAAAAGGCAGUUUUAGCAUUGGCAGUGCCAUUUGGGGACCAUUUUAAUGUAGUCAAAUGGGUGGGACUUACAACUUCGUUGGCUGAACCCUUCCGAUGACCUGGUUGGAGUGGAAUCAAAUCAAAUGUUAUUGGUCACAUUCACAUGGUUAUCAGAUGUUAAUGUGAGUGUAACAAAAUGCUUGUGCUUCUAGUUCCAACAGUGCAGUAAUAUCUAACAAGUGAUCUAACAAUUCCCCAACAACUACCUAAUACACACAAAUCCAACAAGUAAUCUAACAAUUCCCCAACAACUACCUAAUACACACAAAUCUAAAGGGGUGAAUGAGAAUAUGUACGUAUAUCUUAGUCAGUUAAGAACAAAUUCUUAUUUUCAAUGACGGCCUAGGAACAGUGGGUUAACUGCCUUGUUCAGGGGCAGAACGACAGAUGUGUACCUUGUCAGCUCGGGGAUUCGAUCUUGCAACCUUUCGGUUACGAGUCCAACGCUCUAAACACUAGGCUACCCUACGCUGCCACUAGGCUACGCUGCCGCCCCAACCCAUAUGGAUGAGCGAUGUCCGAGCAGGGCAAGGUGCAGUAGAUGGUAUAAAACAGUAUAUACAUCUGAGAUGAGUAAUGUAAGAUAUGUAAACAUCACGAAAGUGGCACUGUUUAAAGUGACUAGUGAUCCAUCUAUUAAAGUGAGUCAUGUUCAACCGGGUCAUCAGGAGGGAUCAGCCAAUCACGAAGGGAAUUUUUUUUAGUUUGCUCAAUGGCUCAGCCCAUGCUGUCAAAGACGCUAUAAUGGCACAGGUACAAAGACGAGACCUCUCUCUCUCUAUGCCAAUCACACGACUCCUUCCUAGUUGUGUACCCAAUCAAAGGGGUGAGAGUGAAGCUUGUCUGUCUUCUUCCUGAAAGAGCCUGCGUUGUUGCGUUCUCCUUAUUUUUUCAUUGAUUUCAAAGCAUGUCUUUUUUUGGUCUUUUAUUUUUCAAUUUGCUUUCUUUUUAAUAACCUCCAUAUGUUGUCCACUCGUCUUGAUGUUAUUGAAAAUGUAUAAGAAAAAUGGAGAGCCGCACCCUUGAGGGAGCUCGGAUGCAAUCAUUUAUUGCAUACGUAUUCCCCAGUUCAAAGAAAGUGAAGGGACUCCCUGCUGCAACAAUGAACAAACAAUUGAUUCAUUUUAAUGUAUCAAACUAAUUAUGGAGUACAAAAAAUGUAUGGAUGGCUGAAAGCUCAGUUAUGAAAAGCCAACUGACAUUGACUCCUGAGGUGCUGACCUGUUGCGCCCUCUACAACCACUGUGAUUAUUAUUUGAUCCUACUGGUCAUCCAUUAACUUUUGAACAUUUUGAAGAACGAUCUGGCAAAAUGGCCAUGUACUCUUGUAAUCUCCACCCGGCACAGCCAGAAGAGGACUGGCCACCCCUCCGAGCCUGGUUCCUUUAGGUUUCUUUCUAUGUUCCAGCAUUUCUAGGGAGUCUUUCCAAGCCACCGUGCUUCUACAUCUGCAUGGCUUGCUCUCUGGCUUAGGUUUCUGGGUAAGCAGUUUAUGACAACUGCUGAUGUAAAAAGGGUUUUAUAAAUAUAUUUGAUUGGAUUGUCAAUAUCAACUAUAAGUUGAAUUUGAAUUCUAAGGAUACAGUAUAGCUGUAACUGAAAGCUUUGAACGUCACUGACAAGGUUGUCGUCACAUUAAAAUUAACUGCCUGGAACGGGUUUUCUUAUGGUUUCUAUGGACAGUUUUUUUCAUUGCCAAACAGAAUUAAAUGAAAUUCUCGACUGUAUUAAAAAAUGGAAGUAAACCCUGUUCUCC